AUAAAUUGUGAAAACAAAACAAUAAAAAAUGUAAAUAAUACAAAAAACCUCUAUUCCUAUCUAAAAUUAUGGAAUGAUUUAUCAAAAUUUUAUAACCAUGUUAACUACCAGCAAUGAUUUUCUGAGAAAUGGCUCAUCAAAAAGAUUCAGAACUCAACAGACUCAAAAUAUUAAUCGUCAAUCGCUUUGAAACUUAUUGUUUUAUUAUUUCGCCCGAUCAAAAUAGAUCAAGAUUCUCAUGAACUUGAUUUGAAUGGAGAUGUAAAACCUUCUAUAUUAUGAGUUGAUAAGUGAAUCUUUGGUACUCACAAAAUAGUUAUUCUUGGGAUAGGCAAGGAUCCAAAAUUAUCUACCAAGUUGAACUAUCAAUUUGUUAACCAGCUCCAGAACAGACAUUAACAAGACAAGUAUCAGCUGUAUUCAUAAUGAUCAAUAUAAACAGUCUUCCAGUUGAAGUAUUACAUUUGAUUUUUAUGAAAUUGCCUUGGGUUGAAGACUACAUCAGUGUCUCUAAAGUUUGCUUACUAUGGGAACAAAUUGCUUUCCAAAGGAUGUCUUGGGUGAAAUAUCUGAUUGGAGUUUAUGAUUACAAUGGAGAACCAGAAAAUAUUGGUAAUGAUAUCUUGUACUAUCGACAAGGCGUUAUGGCUAGCUACGCGCUUAAAUAUUUGGUACCUUAUUUACCAAAUCUCAGGAUUCUAGAAAUCAUUGAUCCAUACAAAAUGGACCCUGAAACUCUUGGAACCAUAGCCAAAGACAAUAGAAAUAUCAAAGGAAUACGUUAUGAUAGACGAAUACCUGGUUCAAUUGAUGAUUGUCUUGGUGAUAUUGAAAUGUUGUCAACUAAUUGUGUUGCUGAAGCAAUGGCUCCUCUUUGCUCGUGUUUAAAACAACUGUAUAUACGCUACUCAAAUGAACGGACAUUGGCAAUUGUAUCACAACACUUGCACCUAGAGAGACUCCAUAUUCACGAUUUUGUCGGUGAAAAUUUUCUUCAACAGUUUGAGGAACCUUUCCAAAAUUUGGUCAUCCUGGAACUUGGAUUCAAAAGACUCGAUUUUAAAAGUAUCGCUGAUUUAGACAGAGUAAUUAGAAUGUGUCCCAAGCUUGAAAGCCUUUACUUAAGAUUUGAAGACCUGGAUCGAUUCGUGGUAGAAGGCGAUAUGGACAAUACAAAUAAUAUCUAUCUAAUUAAUAUGGUCCUUCAAUAUUCGGAUGAAUAUUGGCCGGAAGAUCCUGUGUUUCCAUUAAUCUACCGUUUCCUAAACCUAAAACAAUUGGCCAUCCGUGAUAAUAUGGGUUUACAUGAUCAUGAUAUUUGGGAUUGA